AUGACGCUCGGUGCCUUCGCUCUCAAGAAGAGCAAGAAAAAGACGCUCGUUGCGUCGGCAGCGUUUGCUGCAUCGCUACCUAAUACAUCGCAAACGCUCGAGAAGGUCUUUGUCACUGACUUUGACCCGAACGCUCUACCUGCACUCACUCAAACCGGAUCAAAGCCGCUCGUGAUUCCGUUACUUCAGACCAACACCUGGAACACCACGAAACAACCUCCUCAACACGACAAUGAAAACCACGACCAAAAAAACGACCAAAAAAACGAGGAUGAAACAAACGUUCAAAACGAGGAUGAAAAAAACGUUAUUGAAGUAAAUAAAAAACGCAUUUCGGACGCGGCACUUGAUCAACAAGUGGCAGCUGCAAUUUGUGCCGAGGUGACUCAAGCACGACCAGGUUCGACCGUGUCUCAUUUGGUCAUUCCAGUGGCUGACAAGAGGGAGAAGAAGCGGGCGGAGCUGUUCCAAGACGGUGCAAAGAGGGCUCAAGACCAGCAGCAGAAGCCCCUUUUGCAGCAAAAUGUGGUCCCAGGGCUCGACACGUUGCAGGAUGUCGCAGAGAAGUACCGCCAUGAUGUGGCUUUGCGUCCUGACGCACUGGACGUGCUCAGUGACGUGUACGAGUCGGUGCCCGUGGAAGCUUUUGGCGCCGCUUUAUUGCGGGGCAUGGGCUGGAAAGGAGACGAGACAAUGGACGACGAGAAGCAGGAGGCACUGCAGCCGAGACACAAGCUGCUGGGUCUGGGAGCGACGAAGCGACCGACACUAGCUGGAGAGAGUCAAAGGAAGAAGAAGAAGAAGGUGAAGAGGAAGGCUGAGGACGGAGAUGGAUGCUCAGAAAUUAAGGACGAGAAUCAACGGAGUGCUGGUACGAGGUUGAGGGACAGAGAAGAAAGGUGCAGUCGUGGUCGACUUGACAGACGAAAGCGAAGUCGCAGUAAGAGCCGCGAGCGUGGACGUGAUCAUGGCAGAGACCGAGAUCGCGGUAGAGACCGAGAUCGUAGUCGCCGCAGUCGCAGUCGAAGUCGCAGUUGUCGUAGCCGCUCCGACCGACGUUCUAGGCGACGCUAG